AUGCCUGCACCGUGUCGUGCCGACUGGGAAUGGAAGGUGCUGGAUCUCCUCCCCGUGGACCUCGGAACAGCAGCCAGAGAGGGCCAUGAGGCUGCACAGCAGUCACAGGACAUGCCCACGAGGAGGGAGGACCCAGAGCUUCCACAGAUCCUGCCCACGGUGCCAGGCCAGGCGCACGGCCACACGGGCUGCGGGGGCCUCCGCAGAGCCACCCAGCGGGGCGGGUGUCCAGGCGGUCACCUCUGA